CUUGCACGGUAACCAUGGCUUUCAAGCAUUUCAUCACCCUCUACGACGUCCGGUCGACUCUUGAUCCUCCAGCUUGGUCUCCCAACGUGUGGAAAGUCCGAUUUAUCUUGAAUUUCAAGAGACUUCCCUACUGCACCCAGUUCUUGGCUUACCCAGAUAUUGCCGGUGUGCUCUCCUCCGUCGGUGCACCACCCACGCGCGCGGAGAUGCCGCAAUAUACCGUCCCCGCGAUCCUUGACGAAGCAGAGGGAAGUUCUCCCCUUGCCCUCUCGGACUCGUCCCAUAUUGCCAUGCAUCUUGAUAAGACAUAUCCCGAACCUUCGAUAUUUCCCGGUGGCUGUCACCGCGAACAGAUGAGAUAUGCCGCCGCCAUUCACAAGCAUGUCAUGUUACCGAUGCUGCACAUGGUCGUUCCGAGUACGGUAGACAUCCUGGAGGGCCGCGACCUGGACUACUACUUGGCGACGAGAGAGGGAUUCCUCGGCAUUGCUUUGGAGGAUAUGUUUCCUCCGCACAAGCAACAAGCCGUGUGGGACGGAAUACUGCGCGGCCUCGACGAGCUAGCAGCGCUGAUCGAUAGCUCGAGAGAUCAUCGGGCGGGCCCGUGGAUGUUCAGUCCUGUCGAGAACCCGAGCUACGCGGACUUCGUACUCGGAGCGAUGUUGAUCUGGUUCAGAAGGGCGGGUCCACGAGGUUGCUGGGAUAGGAUCUGCCGUCGCAACGAUGGGAAGUGGGAACACUUGCUGCAGAUUCUAGAGCCAUACAUGGAGGUGUUGUAGCGUGAUGAGCGGUUUACGGUAUCAAUAUGUCGUUGAAUAUCUCUUCGGAGUCUUUGCCUAAUUGUUUUGGUCAACGGGCGUCAUUGGGUCGGACCAGUACACCCGCUAAAGUACACGGUAAAUUGAUAAUGCAUACGAGCGGUAGCAUAUGUAAAAACCUGUGAAGAUUGCAUCAUCAGCGGGGUUGUGGUAGCUGUUCCGCCAAAAUGAAAGGCUACGUGCGCGAAAUUUGUUCACGCGAGCGAUAAGC